AGGGUGUUAUAGUAGUUGAAAAAGACGCAAAGAUACCACGUCACCCACAUUUAAAUGUUCCAAAUUUGCAUAUAAUGAUGACAUUGAAAUCGUUGAAAAGUAGAAAUUAUGUUGAAGAGAAAUAUAAUUGGAAACACCAAUAUUUUAUAUUAAAUAAUGAAGGUAUUGAAUAUUUAAGAGAAUUUUUACACUUACCCCCAUCAAUAUUCCCAGCAACCUUAUCCAAGAAAACCGUUAACAGAGCUCCAAAAAUGGAUGAGGACAUGUCAAGAGAUGUAAGGCAACCAAUGGGAAGAGGAAGAGCCUUUGAUAGGAGACCAUUUGAAUAA